AUGGAGUGUUUUUUCGAAUUAGAAAAAGAGGACGAUGGUUGCGUGAGUACUUUCAUUUUUUUUUUGUUUAUGUUGAUCUUUAACUUCAAAUUAGUUGUAUUUUUGAAAAUUGUUAUUUUGAAGUGGCAGCAAAACAAUUUUUCAAUAUCUAUUGUUUGUGUCAAAAAAUUUUUAAUAUAGCCAGAAGAAAAUUGGCUUCGCCAUUUUUAAAUGCAUUUCAAAUGAGUUUAUUUUUUUCUCUCUCGAAAAAAUUCAAUUUUUCCCUUGAACAUCUUUAUUUUGUUGAAAAAAUCAUCAAUCAAAAUUUCGAUGAUUGCAAUAAUUGAAAAUGAUAGUUCUUUUUUCGAUUUUUUUUGUGGUUUACUCCACCGCAUCCAAAUCUUUAUAUCUCUGCGUCUCUUCCAUUCCUCUGCGUCUUGUUUACUUUUUUUACACCCCGACUCAUUGUGUUAUUCCCUCUCUCCUUGUGUUUUUGUGUUUUUGUUGAUUGGUGUUACUAGAACUAUGACAACCUAACUUUAUUGACAAUAAUAUUCGUAAUAUUUAAACCAUUUAUUAUAUCCAGAAUCAAUGGAUUUAUGAACUGGUUUUAGAAAGAAAAAAAAGAUAAUCGUUUAUCCUCUUUUCUGUUUCAUUUUUCCCCCGAUGAUUUUAUGUUAUAGAAACUUUUUUCCUCAAAAAAACAUAAUAAUGACUCAUAGAAGUCUUCCCAAAACAAAACGCCCUUGAAAAUGAAAUUUUGUGUUGAUAAAAAAACACAAAUCACUUCUUAUCAUUUCGCAAAGUUUUUGUACUUGUUUAGUUAGCCAAACUAUUUUUCAUUUCAUCCUAAUAUUUGUCUACAUGUGCUCUCUUUAUGAAUUGAUUUCUUUCCUGUUUACAUAACAAUGUUCCCUUUCGAUUUUCCGGUCAUUUUCUCACGAAAAUACAUUUCUCGUUUUAUUCCGAAUAUUUUUCUUAUCAUAUUUUAUUGACAAAAAACCUCGCCUUCUUCAUAUUUUCAUUUUGUUUUGAAACAAAUCAAAAUAAAAUUGAACAUUUUUUUCAUUUUUUGCAGAGACUUGGGCUUGAAUCGGAACAAGGAAACAAAGAAGAAAUGAGUGAUAAUAAUACAAUUCGACUGAGCCGAGUUUGUUGUGAUUUUUUGGUUUUGACUUUGAUUGGUGAGUGGUUUUGGUUUUUAUUGUAAAAUAAAAAUAGAAAUUUUACCGUGAAAAAAACGUGAACUACUUUUUUUUCAUUUCAGUUUUUAUCAUUUAUGAUAUUUUUCUUAUAAAGAAACCGCAGUGAGUUUUCAAAAAUUUGAAAUUGUAAAAAAAAGUGUCGAAAUCAAAAAUAUUUCCCGCUUCUCACAUAAAAUGUCAAAAACAAAAAUUCAAUACAAAAAUUUAUUAUUCACAUCUGAAAAAUGUGACUGUAACUCAAAAUUCGAAAAAAAAAUCCACGUGGAUAAAUGCUUUUUUUGCUCAAGAGAAUUGUAUUAAUUUUCAAAAAAAAAAAAACAGAAAAUCAAUAAUGUCUGAAAUUUGCAGCCAUUCCAUUAUACAUCUUCCACGAAUUCGUUCCGCCCUAUAAACGUGGAUUCUAUUGUGACGAUGAAACUAUUCGAUAUCCAUUUAGAAGCUCGACUGUUUCUCGACAAAUGCUUAUUGUCAUUGGAUUGCUCAUUCCAAUCAUUUUGGUAAGUUUUGGUGUUAAACAGAUAUAAAUUCCAUGUUUUUACAGAUUUUGGCCACUGAAUUGUUCCGAACUUUAGCAUGGGAAAAGAAAUGUGAACAACAAUUCAAAACGUAUCAAGUUCGAAAUCAUUCAGUUCAUCGUCUUAUUGUUCGAUUAUAUUGUUUCAUUGGAUAUUUCUUUGUUGGUGUUUGUUUCAAUCAAUUAAUGGUUGAUAUUGCAAAAUAUACAAUUGGUAGACAACGUCCACAUUUCAUGGAUAUUUGUAAACCAGACAAAGGUUUUAGCACCUGUCCUAAUCCUGAUGAAUAUAUCACUGAAUUCACGUGUACUGGAGCUGACAAAAAAUUGAUUCAUGAAGCACAACUUUCAUUUUAUUCCGGACACGCUGCUUUCAGUUUUUAUGCCGCCUGGUUCACCUCGGUAUGACUAGAAAAUUCACAGAGUUUCUUAAUAAUUCUAGUAAUUUUAGCUCUACCUUCAAGCCCGUCUUUUCCGUCCACUUUUCUCCCGUCUUUUGCUUCCAGUCAUCCAAUUUUUGUUGUUCGGAGGUGCCGCUUAUGUUGCAUUGACAAGAGUUGGUUUUUUGUUUAAAGAAAAUUUGGCAGUGAUUUUGAGCACACUAUUUAUUUAUUUUUCAGAUCUCUGACUACAAACACCACUGGUCUGAUGUUUUGGUUGGUGCAAUUAUGGGAAGUGCCAUUGGUAUUUUUGUUGCUGUAUUUGUUGCCGAAGUUUUCAAGCGACGUGAAAUUCCAACAUGUGGACCGGCUAAUGAAUUUGGAUUGAUUAGGUGAGUGGAAAAAAAGGAGACAAUUUUUUAAUACAAUGCAUGUCUUCAAAGAAUUGAUUCUUGCAUCUAUUCAUUUGCGAAAAAAACCGAAAAAAUGUAUUUUUUUACAAUUUUUUUCUAUUCACCAAAAUGCACGAAAUAAAUGUCAAUCGUGACGAGACCCACACACAUUUCAAGGAGAAAAACAUGCGAGAAAAAAACAAGAAAUGAAAUUUUCGAAAGCAUGCAUUUUUCAUACUCGUUGCCUUGAAAUGAGUGUGGGUCUCGUCACGAUUGCAUGUAUUUCGCGACAAUUUGUGAUUUUGGUGAAUAGAAAAAUAUUGUAAAAAAAUACAUUUUUUUCGUGUUUUUUUGCAAAUGAAUAGAUGCAUCUGAAAAUCAAAAUAUAAUUUAUUUAUUCUGUGAAACAGUGAAAUUUUGAAAAUUAAACUGGGUGUUUUUUUAAUCCAGUUUAAUUUAAACUCAUUUCAUAAAACAGUGAUUUUUUUUUGAAUUUGAAAAAUAAAGUUUUUAAAAUCUAGUUUCAAAUAUUUUGAGAAGAAAAUUUUUCAUUCGAAGAUCAAUAUCGCUUUAUUUUCAGAGUCGAUCGCCAAGAUCACAAUAACGGAAUUCCAACCAACGGCGGUUCAACAGUUGUCUCAACUCAACAUGUCGUUGUUUCAGAAGUCGAUCCAGCAAAUCAAAGACUGUGAGUUUUUCUUUCUCCAUUUAUUUUACACAUGUAUUCAUUCACUAACAUUUUUUCAUAUACCUACAAAAAAUAAAAGCAACUCACGCUUUGUCCGAAUGUCAACCAAACAACAAAACUCUUUUCCACAAACACACAACUCACUUAUUUCCGGGUUUUAUUUAUUUUUUAUUUGAUUCCUUGAAUGGUAGUAGAAUAGUGCAUGCUUUAGAGAAAAAUAGAGAAAAACGAAAAUAUAUUGAGAAAAUGGCUGAUUUUUAGCAACGAGUGGCAGAAAAAACUUGAACAUCGCGGAAUUUCGCCGACAAACAAGUAAUUGUAGAAUUAUUAUGUGUAAAAGUAGAAAUAGAUCACAUUAAAAUGUCCAUGUUAUCCUAACUCACAAGGAGAGUGUUUCAAAAACUCGAGAAUCGAACAGUUUCCUUGUCUAAAAAUGUUUGAAUGUCCGCCAAACUUCUCCGCUUUUACUCAUGCUUUUUUCUAACAUUUUGUUUCUCAACCGCAGAAUGCCGUGUCACUGAAACACACGUUGUAGAAAUCAUGACGUCGAUCACGUGUUUAAUCUUGGCCCGCCAAAGACAAUUUCGAAACGUAAUUUCGAAACAACCGAAAUUCGACUCGAUCCCGUUAUUGUCGUCAACGUCAAAUAGAUUUUUGCUUUCUUUUUUUUAUUUAAUUUUUUUUUUGAAAUUUGUUAUGAUUUUUCUUGUAUGUAAAUAUUUUUAGCUUUGAUUUGCAGUGUUUUUUCUGUCCUGAAGACGUGUGGGAUGUGAUUUUGAGACACGUUGGAUAAAUCCGAUUAUACUUUGGCCUUUUCGGGAUGGUCGGGAUUUUAGAUUAUAUGACAUGUGGAAAACAACAAUUUUUGAGACAGAAAAAAUGAACUUCGGUGACGGAAAAUUUUCAAUAGGAUAAUUUUUAAAUUCAAAUUCAGACACUCAAAAAAUGGUCCGAAUCUGGCCCAGUUAAAUUUUGAGACAUGAUUCCUCCUCAUCAUAAAUAUUCUUUGUUUAUCAAAAUUGUAUUAUCCCAGAAGAUAAUUCGAUAAUAAAAUCAGUCUAAUCGGAUGGUUAUCAUUUUUUGACCGACCUUAUGGCUAGACAGUCUCAAAAUCACAAUUCCGCUUUUGCCUGAUAGUUUCUAGUUGGCUUCCCCCAUUCGCUUCUCUUUCUUUUCUCAUCCAACUUCUCACUUCAAUGUUGUGUUGUACUGCUGUUUUCAGCCUCUGGAAUUCGGCUCCUACUUCUCGUGGUUAUCAAUUGAAUCAAUCCGAUGUUCGAUACAUGGAUCAUUAUUAAUUCUUGCUUAUCCUAUUCAUCUUUUCUUUUUCUCUUCUUAUUUUAGAAAUCGCAUGUUUGAAGAUCAAUUCCUAUUUUGCCCUGGAAAAAUCGAAAAAUUGAUUAGUGUAAACUCUUUCUAGCAAAUGUCGUACAAAUCAAAUCAACACUGUAGAUGGGCAAAUCGAAGCCACUCAACGACUAUAAAUUUUGUGUUUUUUUUCGUUUCGUUUUUGUGAUUUCAUUUCUAUCUAUCCAAAUAUUUGUCCAUAAAUAUUAAUGAAAACUAUCCCAUCUUAUUAUUUUAAUUCACAAAAUCUGACAAAUCCGGAAUAAGGUGGGUAGAAAAGACGUAUUUAGAUCAAGCUAGAAUAAUUUUGUUGAAUUUUUUUUUCUUGAAAAUAGGCUUAUUUUCGAAAUGAUGAGAUGUCCUUGUUGAAUGUCGCAAUUGCUUUUGUGUUUUGACGUCUCGAUUGUUUUGCGAGUAUCAAAACAGUUCCAGCAAACCGACUGCUGCAUUAUCGGAUUUUGAUUCGAUGUCAUUUUAUUCGGCAAGAGAUGUUCUUUGGACUGAUGUUGAAUCUGAGAUUCGAAGUCAACGAACAACAAAUGCUGAUUAUUUGUCUAUACAAAGUGAUCCGUCUUGGGUUGUUCCGCUGUUAGCGAAAGAUAGAAACUCUUAUUUGUAUUAUUACUCGGAUUAUGAUAAUGAAUAGAAGAUUAGCUUAUUCUGACAAGGGAACUGUUUGAACUUUCAACUUUCACUCAAAACCUCAGAUGUUUUAGGAUUUUCCCUAAUGGCCUUAUGGCUUUUCUGGAUUAUGAGGCCUGAAAUAAAUUCUAGAAGGCUUAGGAGAAUUUUCUAAAAAUUUUCCUCAGAGUGAGACUUCAAACAGUUCCCUUCUGUAUUUUUCCUAGGAAAUAACGCCUUUUCAGAAUUUGUGCCAUUUAAUAAAUUCUUAUUACCAUCACGUGUUUUAACCUGAUGUUGAAAAAUGAGUGAAGAUUAAAACCAAAAACGGAUUUAUUAGUUGAUUAGAUUAUGAGUUUUGUCAUAAAAACAGACAUCGGACGAAAGUGUGAGGAAAAAUAGAACAGUUGUUUAUUGUUUACCAAUUUUCAGCGUAAAAUCGGCAGAUGAAGCACGACGCGACUUCUUCCAACAAGCCUAA